AUGCAAUGGUCCGUCCCCACCGCCCGCGCCGCCCGACCCCUGGCGCGUCUCCCUCAACGCCUUCCUCCACCCUCCGUUGUUGCCGCCGUGUCCAUACCUCAUGGACCCGCCACCGCCGCACGGAUCCGCUGCGUCGACACCCCGGGAGCGGCUCUGGCGACGAUGUCGUCCACUUCCGGUUCCAGCGCUGAGGGUGAGGCCGCCGAUGAGUUCACGGAGGUCAUGAUCGUGCGGCACGGCGAGAUGUCCUCGAACGCCCCGCGCAUCAUUCAGACCAAUCAAGGGCAUAUGGAUGCUGAGCUGAAUGAGAUUGGGAGGCAGCAAGUUGCUGUGGAUCAUUGUCUGUCUAAAGAAGUCAAGCCGGCUGUGAUGUACUCUUCGGAUCUAAAGCGAGCAGCAGAGACUACACAAACAAUUGCCAGAACUUGCAAUUUACCAAAUGUUGUGUUUGAUCCAGCACGGAGAGAAAGACAUAUUGGAGAUCUGCAGGGCAUGAAGUCUGAAUAUGCUGCUAUAGAAAGGCCAGAGGCUUACAAAGCUUUUGUGUCCCACAAGAGAAACCAACAAAUUCCUGGUGGUGGAGAGAGUCUUGAUCAACUAUUAGAACGAUGCGUCUCGUGCUUGUAUGACAUUGUUGAGAAACACAAAGGGGAGCGGGUGAUCGUGGUCUCAUGUGGCUGUAUCAUCAGAGAACUCUACAGGCAUGCCAGUCCUACGAAGCCGCUCCAUGGUAAAAUACACAACACAUCAGGAAGUGUUAUCCUUGUGUCUGGUACCACCGGCCGUUGCAUUGUCAAGAUGUGGGGAGACAUCAGUCACCUUCAGGAGACCGGUGUCCUGGAGAAUGCCUUUGGUGGGGAUAAGACCUCUGCCUAA